AUGAGAACUUCUGGCUCUGGGAAAACAAGGACAUUAAUUGAAUUGUUAUGCAAAAAGUACGGAUUUUAUUUUACAGGUCUUAUAAAGGAGAAUCCGAGUUCGGGUGACCUUUCCAUAAUGAUUGAUCAUUUACUUCCAAGAUUGAGAGAUUCUUUAACUCACAAUGACGCUUAUGCUAUGAGAUAUAGCAAAUCUUUUUCUGACUCUUUUUUUGAUCUUAACAUUUUUGAGGAAAUGAUCUUGAAAUUCAGGACAGUCCCAGAACAUUUUUUGAAUGAUCAGAUUCGGAUAUUAAUUCAUAAGAUAUUGUGUAUUGUAAAUCAGAAAAGGCUAUCAAUAAUUUUGGAUGAGGCCCAAGAACUCAUCGAUCAAUUUUAUAAUAAAUUCUCUUCUACUACCAACAAGGAUAAGAGUCGACCAUUGUAUUCAGUAAUUAUUAGAGUUUUUACAAUUUUGGGUAUAUGCGUUAUUCCUUCGGAAACUGGUCUAACGAUGAAGUCAGUACUAAAUAUUACUGGUUCGCAUGUCAUGAAGGGAGCAACUUGGAAUCAUGAAAAUUUAAUUGUUAUAAAGAAUAGGUUAGAUUUAACUGAUAGGCUCAGAAAUUUCCUAUCAAAAUUUGGGUUUCCAUUUGAUGAUCACCAAGAUAUUAUGCAGUGGUUUGUAGGACGAGUUAGGUUCGCAACAACCUUUGUUGAAGAAUGGUUAAAUAACAAUUUUAGUAUAGAUGCAUUGUUUAAGAAGUUCAAAGAAGAGUAUACAGAUCCAGAAGGUGCAUGUGAAUCAGAUAUUAUAUCAUUGUUGGAACGAGCAGUGCUAAAGAUUUGGUACAAUGGUAUUAAUGCAAUUAUUAUUAAAGAAGAAAUUGCCUUGGAAUUAUUUGAAUAUGGGAUUGCACUAUUGCAUAAAAGCAAUUUUAGUAAAUUACAAAUUAGUAUAAGUGAACCUCUUGUAAUAGAGUCUGCGUUGCGAUAUUUUAAGAAGUAUAAAGAUAUUUCUUCGUAUAUUUUGGACCAAAUGGCCAAUAUGGAUUUCUCCCCAUCUAAUAUGGGAAUAUUGUGGGAGAAUCUUAUUCCCAAUGCAAUUAUGAUGCUUUUCCAAAAUGAAGAUCUUCAUGAUAUAUUUAAAAAACCGCUUCCAUACAAGAAUUGCAAGAUUCUUGAACCAUCUAAUGGCAAACUCUGUGUUCUAGCAAUGCAUAGUAUUUUUGAUUAUAAUCUAUCAAACUUUUUGGAAAAUCCCGUCUCUUCUUUCUUUUAUCCGGAAAAUACUGCAGGACCAGAUGUAAUAACAGUAGUGUGUCCAGUGGAUUCAGAUAAGAAAUAUCUUGUCUUAAUUCAAGCAAAGUUUCGAGAAAAAAAUGGAGACGAUGUUCUAUUAACUACUGAUCCAAAAAAGUUUUAUCAUACAAGACCGAAAAAGAAGGGAGGAAAAGAUAAAUUGUUGAACGGGCUAAUAUAUAAAGAAUCUUAUGAUAAAGUAACAAAACUGAUUGAUGAGAAUUAUGACGGUAUUUUUAGGAUUUUCAUCAGUUAUCCUGCUACAAUGAAAUUACAGGAGGAAAAGAAAGUUGAAAGUACUAUUGAUAUAGAGAUAAAUAGUACGGUAGAAGAAUGGACUGCAAUUAUUGACACAAGUAAUUGUCAUCGUAUUUUUGACCAACAUCAUAUUAACGUGUUCAAUGAGUUAAAGUGA